AUGAUCACUGACCUCUCCACACACUUGUUGAUCAUCACUUUAUGUGUCUUGUUGUUGGGAUGGAAUCCAUACGGAAAUAAUUUCAUCUUGUUGGCAAAUGGAAAAUCUUCAUCUUCUUGUGUGAAUAUUCUCUCAAAACCAUUCAUUCCUGAUUUAACACCUACUCUGAGAAAUCCAUUGCGAGGAUUUGCAAGCUAUGAAGAUACCUAUGAGACGUUUACAUUUCCACAAUCAUUGGAAUAUCGAUACUUUCCAUUGAAUGUCUUGAUGAAUUCCAUGAAUAAUUUUACAUUUUCAAAUACACAAAAUAACAAUCGAGACAAUUUGGAAAAAUAUUUAAAUGAUGUGAAAAAGAGAAAAAGACAAGCCAUUUUGAGAGUUUAUUUGGAUUAUCCAAAUUGUUGUCCAGAUGGAACUUAUAACACUGGAGUACCUUCGUUUUUAUUUCAAGGUCAGAAUGCUGUCACGUUGACACCUUAUACCGAAUAUGGAGGUGGUCAAUCUCCGGAUUAUUCCAAUGAAAGAUUAGUGUCAGCUCUCGAAGCAUUUAUUCAAAAAUUAGGUCAACACUAUGAUGGAGAUACCAGAAUUGCCUACAUUCAAGUUGGUUUAUUAGGAUAUUGGGGAGAAUGGCAUACCUAUCCAAAUACCAACCAGAUGGCUCCUCUUUCUACACGAUGGAGAGUUCUUACUGCUUUUUACAAUGCCUUUAAUGUGACCAAGAUAUUGGUUUCACAAGAUUCCAUGCAAUAUUUUUGUCCUCCAUUAGGCAAUGUUGCAUUUCCAUCGAUUGGAUUUCAUGACGAUGCAUUUACUGAUGCAACCUAUAGCGGCACCACUCCACAAGAUUACUACUUUUACAAUCGAUUACAAUCGAGAAUUCCAGACUUGAACAAAUUUUUGACACAAAACUCGACAAAUGCCAAAGUGGGUGCAGUCAUUGGAGGAGAAUUAUAUCCUAGUAAUCAAGCAAAAAUUUUCAAAUCGGGUUGGACAGGUCAAAACUUCAAGAUUGUGUUCAGAGAACGAAUUAAAACCAGUGUCGAUGAGUAUCAACGUGCUUUGAAUGCAUCUGUAUUGCUGGGUUAUGCAUUUACCGUGAAUGAUAUUUCAUUGUGUAAUGCAACAUCGACCUCGAUGAAUUUGAAAUUGAAUUUACAAAAUAUUGGAAGUGCUCCAUUCCCUUAUCCAAAUAUUACAUUGUUGGUUUCACUGAGAAAUGGAACUUUGACAAGUGACACCAUCCUUUCUACUCAAAGUGUUAAUAUCAUUGGUGUAACACCGAGUACUGGAGUUCAAACAUUUUCAUUGAAUUUCCAAUGGUCAUCCUCGUAUGGAGUCAAAUAUUCACCUCAAGUAUUAUUGAGGCUUCAGAGUAAGCAUGUUCCUUCAGAAAUUCCCAUUGCCUUUGCUGUGAAGGGAGCUCCUACUGAUGGCUCUCCAUUCGUUGCAUUGGAAGAUCGAGUACAAGUGUCCAACCAAGAUACACAACCUGAGGUUUCCAAAAGUUCUACUCAACCUAACACCUCUCCAAAGGUAUCUACAAAGACCUCACCAAAAACAUCGCGAGGAGUCAACAAUGGACAGGCAUCUCUUGCAGUGAGUGAUAGGAAGCAACAAGGACCAUUAGCGACCUUUGUGUGUGUCGUCAUGUUGCUGUUGUUGUUCUUCUGA